AUGUCUAGUGCUUGGACUUUAUGCAAGAUCAAGCCCCAUCGGAUACGAGCUGGGAGUGGGAGACCUCCCGUUGCCCCUGGAUUAGCGGGUCGGCAAUUCAACUACAAGUUGUCUGAUCGUGUUUUCAAUGCCAAGACCAGCAAACUUCCUAGCACUGACUCGGGGGUUGCACAAGCUGGAAAAUGUAUCACAUGGACACUUGUGAACAGUGCACACUCCAUUGCAUCUGACGAACCACUAACUAAGACAUCUCUAGCUGCCGAAAAUGAUGCAACACCCGCAAAGGGUUCAGUUGUCCUUAAUUGA